UUAGUGAAAUGUCACAAAAAUUUUGUGUCUGCCAUUUUGAAUUUCUUUUAUUACUGAAAGGGUUGGUGUCAUCCUUUCUUAAAAUAAAAUAAAAAAUUCUUUAAAAGUUUUUGGGCAACAAAAAUCGCUACAAUAAAGCAGAAAUACGAGUUAUAAAAAAUGUCUAGGUAUUUGCAAAGGCCAGAAAAUGCGCUCAAGAGAGCCAAUGAAUUUAUCGACGUUGGGAAACCGGCUAGAGCAUUAGAUACCUUGCAAGAAGUUUUUCGAAGUAAAAAAUGGACUUAUAAUUGGUCGGAGUCGGUUAUUGAACCGAUUAUGUUCAAAUAUUUAUAUUUAUGUGUAGAAUUGAAAAAAUCUCACAUUGCGAAAGAAGGUCUGUUUCAAUAUAGAAACAUGUUUCAGUUGGUCAAUGUAGGUUCACUAGAAAAUGUUAUACGUGGAUAUUUAAAAAUGGCAGAGGAACGAACGGAAGCUGCGCAACAGCAAUCCUCUCAAGCAGUUUUAGAUAUUGUCGACGAUUUAGAUAAUAUUGCUACUCCUGAAAGCAUAUUAAUGAGUGCUGUUUGUGGUGAGGAUGCUCAAGAUCGGUCUGACAGAACAAUUUUGUUACCUUGGGUAAAGUUUUUGUGGGAAUCAUAUUGUCAGUGUUUAGAAUUACUACGUGUUAACACACAUUGUGAAAACUUGUAUCAUGAUAUCGCACGGAUGGCAUUUGGAUUUUGCCUAAAAUACAACCGCAAAAGUGAAUUUAGAAGAUUAUGUGACAAACUGAGAAAACACCUUGAGGAUAUUUGUAAAAUAUCAACCCAAUCUACUGGUGUUAGCAUAACCAAGUUGGAGACUCAACAACUCAAUUUAGAUACCAGACUCUAUCAGUUGGAUAGUGCCAUUCAAAUGGAAUUAUGGCAGGAAGCAUAUAAAGCAAUAGAAGAUAUUCAUGGACUUAUGACUUUGUCAAAAAAAACACCUGUAGCUAAAACUAUGGCUAAUUAUUACCAAAAACUUGCAAUGGUUUUUUGGAAAGCUGGUAAUCAACUGUUCCAUGCUGCGGCUCUUCUUAAGCUUUUUCAAUUGACUAGAGAAAUGAAGAAGAACAUUACAAAAGAUGAGUUGCAGCGAAUGGCGUCGCAUGUUCUUAUUGCAACUUUAUCAAUUCCUUUGCCUUCGGCUCAUCCCGAAUUCGAUCGUUUCAUUGAAACUGAUAAAAGUCCUUUAGAAAAAGCACAAAAAUUGGCUGUUUUGUUAGGUCUCAAUCAACCACCUACAAGAGCUUCUCUACUUAAAGAUGUGGUUCGUCUCAAUGUAACUCAACUAGCGUCAGAACACUUUACUAAUCUUUAUACGUGGCUUGAAGUGGAUUUUGAUCCAUUAAGUUUAUGUAAACGUGUACAAUCUGUUAUCGAUUUUAUUGAAAUUGAUGAAAACAGUAUUUUAAAACAGUACACUCAAUCUUUAAAAGAUGUUACUUUGAUGAGGCUCAUUCGGCAAGUUUCGCAAGUCUAUCAAAGUAUUGAAUUUACUCGUCUAGUUGAAUUGGGACAUUUUAGCGAUAUAUUUUAUUUGGAACGCAUUCUUGUUGAUUGUGUUCGACACAAUGACAUGCAAAUUCGAAUAGACCAUCAAAAACGAUGCGUUCAUUUUGGUACAGAUCUUACAGAAUCACAAAGAGAAGAUCAUCCAGAUGGCCCCACACUUCAAUCCAUGCCUUCUGAGCAAAUUCGGUCUCAGCUCGUCAACAUGUCUAUUGUUUUGCAUCGUGCUAUUGCUGCCAUCUAUCCUAAUCGUAAAAAAGCGGAGCGUGAAAAGUUACGUACUCAAAUGGUUGAACAUUAUCACGACAUCAAAGACAGAGAACAUCAACGUAUCUUACAACGUCAAAAAAUUAUUGAAGAUCGUAAGGAAUUUAUUGAAAGAAUGAAUAUAGCAAGAGAAGAGGAGGAGUUAAGACGUCAGGAAGAAGCACAAAAAUUACAGAAACAAGCAGAACAAAAACGAUUGGAGCAGGAAAUUGAAGAAAGAGAGCGGAUAAGGCAUAAAAACGAAAUCCAGGCAAUUAAAGAAAAAAGUUUAAAGGAAAAAAUGCAGCAAAUAUCACAAACUUCACAUGGGAAAAAAAUGCUAAUGAAACUUGAUGAAGAAGGACUAAAAAAACUAGAUGCUGAGCAAAUCGCUGCGAAAGAAACGGAAGAGUUAAUAAAAGAAAGGAAAGAACUUCAAGCAAAACUAAAGUCUCAAGAAAAGAAGGUAGAUUAUUUUGAACGUGCGAAACGUCUAGAAGAAAUUCCGUUGAUAGAAAAAUUUUUAGUAGAAAAACAAGCCCAAAACAAAGAAUUUUGGGAAAAAAUAGAAGCUGAUAGAAUUGAAAAAGCAAUAGCUGAAAGAAAAUCGCUUGUAGCUCAAAAGGAGCGCUUAUCUCGUAUGCAUGAAGAUCGGGAUAUCUUUAUUUCAAGGUUACGUCAAGAACGUGCAUCUAUGUUUGCUGAAAAAGUUAAAAAGUUUGAACAUAUGUUAGAAGAAGAACGCAAAAAAAGACUAGCGAAGAGAAUUGUGCAACGACGAGAAGAAAGGCGUCAGAAAUGGAUACAAGAAAAAGAAGAGGAAAGGAGGCAAGCAGAAGAAGAAAUCCGAAAAGUUAAAGAAGAAGAAGAAAAAAUAGAACAAGAAAAGAAACGAAAAGAGCGAGAAGCUGAAGAAGAAAGAAAGAGAAUUUCUUUCGAGAAGCAGCGUUUAAAAAAUUUAGAGGUUGAGAAAAAAAUACAAGAAGAAAGAGAGCGUUUACGAUCAGAAACUAAAGAAGAAGAGAAACCUCGAGACGUAUGGAGAUCAGAAAGAGGGGGACCACCGAGCGUUGACAAAGAUGGCGGUUGGAGAAGUGUAGGUCGUUCUAAUGCGACUGAAAAUCGGGAUGAGAACAGAGAGAGAAGGGUAGAUGACAGGAGUGUCAGCGGCUGGAGAAGUGCUGGUCGCCCCAAUGCUUCUGAAAAUCGGGAGGAUAAUAGAGACAAACGUGCGGAUGAGCGAGAUAUUACGCGUGAAAAGGGAUCUUCCGACUCUUCAUGGCGAGCUCGUGAUGGAGCUUCACGUCAACCAAAUUCUGCGAAUCCAUCUGGAAGAGAAGACAAGUCAUGGCGUCGCGAUGAGCGUCCUCCACGUCGAGAUGACGACCGUCCCCCUCGUCGAGAUGAUGAUCGUCCUCCACGUCGGGAUGAAGAACGUCCACCGCGUCGAGAUGAUGAACGUCCCCAACGACGAGAUGAUGAACGGCCUCCACGCCGAGAUGAUGAACGUUCUACACGCCGUGAUGAUGAACGUCCUGCACGCCGAGAAGAUGAACGUCUUCCACGUCGGGAUGAUGACCGUCCUCCACGGCGAGAUGACGAUCGUCCUCCUCGUCGUGAUGAUGAUCGUCGACGAGAUGAUGGACCUAUUUCUAGAGAUUUUCGUGGAAAAGAUGAUCGUGAUUUUCGAAGAGAGGAACGUGGUCCGCGAAGAGAUAUACCCCGUGAAAACAGAAAUGAAAGAGAGAAUAGGGGAGGUGCAGUUUCUGGAGCAGAUACUGGAAAUUGGAGACGAUCUGAUGAUAGGGAAAACAGAGAAAACCGAAGGCCAACGGAUAGAGGAGAAAGAGAUCGAGGAAACGAUCGUCGAGGUGGUCAAAGAGAUCAAGCAAGUAAAGACGCAAAUGCUAAUUGGCGCACUGAAACUCGACAAAGAAACGACAGAGAUGACGACAGAAAAGAUCGUAACACAGCUAGAGCAGAUAAAGCUGAUGAUGGUGGAGAAUGGACUAAUGUAAAACGACGUUAGACUUUUUUAUAGUGUUAUGUAAUAAUUUGUUAAAAUUCGAUAUUUUUAAUCAAACAUUGCAAAAUUCUUACUAAUAAUUAUAAUAACAAUAAAAAUUAAAAUUUGAGUGAAAUUUUGUUUGGACUUAAAUUUAUUUAAAUUUCAAAUAAAAUUUAUUACACUCAU